CUGUGUCAGUCCUCUCCUGUAUAUAUUCACUUUUUUUAAUUCGCAAUUUUUUGUCAUCAUCAACACAAAUAUCCCUCGCAUUUGCCGUUUGGUGAGAGAGAAAGAGAAAGAGAGAUUUGGUGAAGAAGUCACCGCCGCCGCUAGAGAGAGGAAAAAAAAAUGUCGAAGCAAAAGAUAGAGAAUCGAAACACCAACCUCAUAGCCCUCUCCGGCGGCGCCGCCGCUCUCCUCGCCAUCGCCAUUAACUUCGCCAUCAACGCCCUCAAGAAGAAUCGCAAAAAGAAAGAUCUCCCGGGGUCUACAGUUCAGGUCAAUCUUUCUCCGCCCGAGAUUUUAAGAUUAGCGAACCGCAUCAUUGCCAAAUCGAAGGAGGCCCAUGAUUCAAUUGCUUCAGUUCCUCUUGACAAGGUCACAUAUACAACUGCUAUAUUACCUUUGGCAGAAUUGGAAGCACAACAAUUCCCACUGGUCCAAUCUUGUGUCUUCCCAAAAUUAGUAUCCACUUCUGAAGAUGUGCGCAAAGCAAGCGCUGAAGCGGAGAGAAGAAUAGAUGCUCAUGUUUCGAGUUGCAGUAAACGUGAAGAUGUAUACCGUGUCAUCAAAGCUGUUGCAGCAAGGGGAGAAUGGAUGAACACUAAGGCCUAUCAAAAAGUGCACUUAUUUAGGCCACCCCAAACAACCUCUGAGACUAAACGCUAUACACAGUGUCUGUGGCAGGUCAGAGACUUUGAACGCAGUGGACUGAGCCUUACUUUAACGAAAAGAGAGGAAUUGCAGCAAUUAAGUGCUCAAAUAGAUGAGCUAAGUGGGCGAUAUAUCCAAAAUCUGAAUGAUGAUAGUACGUCCCUUCUCAUAAGUGAGACACAGCUAGUUGGAUUACCGCCAGAGUUCCUUGAGAGCUUAGACAAAGCUGAAAAUGGUAAAUUUAAGGUCACCCUGAGAAGUCAUCACGUUUCACCUAUACUGGAGCUUUGUAAGGUAGGUUUGACAAGGAGGAUUGUAGCUGUGGCUUAUGGACGGAGAUGUGAAGUCAACCUUUCUAUCUUGGAAAGUCUGGUUCAGUUGCGCCAUAAAUCUGUUGGAUUGUUUGGCUACUCAAACUACGCAGACUAUGCUGUUAAUCAAAGAAUGGCAAACUCAUCCUCAAAGGUAUUUGAGUUCUUGGAGGAACUCUCUGCCAGUUUAACUGACUUGGCCACCAGAGAACUUAGUAUGUUAAAAGACUUGAAGAAAAAAGCGGAAGGAGAUUUUCCUUUUGGAAUUGAGGAUCUGUUGUACUACGUGAAGAGAAUUGAGGAACAACAAUUUAAUCUGGACGUUGGAGCUCUUAAACAAUACUUUCCAUUCAAUUUGGUCAUGUUAGGGAUCUUGAAAAUAUGCCAUGACCUUUUUGGUUUAAGAUUUGAAGAAAUUGCAGAUGCUGAGGUUUGGCACUCUGAUGUUCACCUUUAUUCAGUCUAUGACUUAUCUUCUAGUGAACUUUUGGGCUAUUUCUACCUUGAUAUGUUCUCUAGGGAGGGAAAAUAUGGUCACACCUGUGUUGUGGCUCUUCAGAAUGGUUCUUUUGUCAAUGGUGCACGAAAGAUUCCUGUGGCAUUACUUACUUCUCAGCUUCAAAAGGAAGUUGGUCAUACUGCGUUGUUGAGAUUCUCUGAAGUGGUUAAUCUUUUCCAUGAAUUUGGCCAUGUGGUAUGUCAAUAUCUGCCUUUUGAAUGGUUUCUAUGGAAUCAAACUCAAAAUUCUAUUUCCCUUCUAUUUAGUGCUAUUAUUAAAUUCUUACACUAUUAGAUAUGCUUUAUAGUUUCUUGCUUAUGUGAACCAUUUUUUUAUUUGUCUGAGUCUAAUGUUUGUAUUGUUACCUGUUUCCUUUGAUUCUAAUACAUUCUUAUUCUAUUCCAGUUUGUUUUUCCACUGUGCCUGGUUAGCCAUGUUUGUUGGAAACGGGACUAAACCACCUAGUUGGUCAAUGGUCUGUAAAUGUCAUUUUGGUUGAAUAAUUUUACUAUAAAUGUUUCUCUAUACCAAUUUGCAUAUGAAAAACUAAAAUUCCUUUUCAUCUAAACUUCUAUAAAUUAGCCCUCACUACAAGAAAAUUAACUAUUUACGGCAUCAUGUUUACGGCAUGCAUUAAAUGCAUGUCAUAGUUAGUACAUUCUACGACAUUUUUUUUUUUGCAAGCCGUUAAUGUUUUGUCAAUAACAACUUUUUUGCAAGCCGUUAAUGUUUUGUCAAUAACAGCUAGGGAUGGCAAUGGGGGUUAAUGGGGUGGAUAUUAAUUCCCCAUCCCCAUUCCCCUAUAAUAAAUUUUCCCCAUUCCCCAAGGGUAUCACCCUCCCCAUCUUCUAAUGGGUUUGGAUUUUCCCCAACCCACCUUAAUCCCCAUUUUUAUUUAUUUUUUAUUUUUUAUAUUUAAUGUUAACAACCACCU